CUUGGGAAACAGCGGCACAGUGUUUUUUCCACCGGGUUUCUGUACGAUUAGUAGUGACUGUUUGAUGGUUAUUGUUCUUGCUGACUCUUUGUGUGGUUGUCUGCAAAUUGCAGCAGGUGUCAGUGUCAGCUGGUUCGUGGGGAUUGUGGUGUAAGGUGCAAGCGGUUUGUUCCAUGGUGACUUGUUGUGUUUUUAUCCAAGUUGCUGUGGUUCAGCGUGUCGGGCCGUUCUUUGGUAUCGGGUCGGGUGGUCUACUGGAAGGUCGCGAAAAGGCUGAGAGCCCUUGUGCCUCACCUCUACUAAUAGCUUCUUUGUUACUACUAGUAAGGCACUUGUUACUACUAGCGUGGCACUUGUUACUAGUAGUAACAAGGUUUGCUACUUCAGUUGUAAAGGCAUGCUUUCAGACAACCCUAUCUGAUCCCAGAUGUCCCUUUGCUUUUGCCUGUCCCGGGCCUUCGCCGCCUGACCCGUCCAAGUGCCCAUCCGAUUAAUUGUACGAUUGCCAAAGUGUGAUCUGACGUCCUUCUGGGGAAUUGUCGCGUUUGGGUGAGUUGUUGUUCUUUGAGUUGUUCUUUCCUCUCUCUCUCUCUCACUUGCUUUUCUUCCGGGCUGCCAUUCCUCGGGGCAUUUGCUAUUGAACAUUCUGGUUACUGAAAGAAAGAACAGCAGAAUGAGCUGCAAAACGGGGUUUUGGUUUGACAGAAAGCCUUUCCGUGCAUUCGUGGCAAGUGAUAAAGAUAUUGAUACACUGUAAAUGCGGACUGGACCCUUAUCAAGGAAUCAAGGUACACAGCAAAUUGGAUACAAAAACAGGUUCGACGCUGCAAGCAUGUCACUCGAUUAUCCCUGUAGAGCUUGACUUGAUUCCUUUGGCGCUCUGAGGUAGAGGAUAGCGCGACGUCCUGGCCACAACAAACAAGUCCUUGCUUCUUCCUGGAGUCCAAGUACGAGCCCCUGAAUAUGCCUGGCUAUGGGCGAACCAGGGUGAGGUCUCCUGAACAGUGCCAGGCGAGGUGCUCCAAAGCAAGGGGAUGUGCUUACUUUACCGCCUUCCAGAUUCAGCCAGAUUUGUACUGGUGCCAUUUGCAGGAGUACAGAUCACAUCUGGCCAGAGCAGACAGGGCCAUUGCUGGACCUGGAGACUGCAAUCAGGAGGCCAUUCUGUUGGAAGCAAUGGGACAGCGGAUCCCUGCACCAACCACCACACAGGCGCCGAAGCGAGCUCCACCUGUGAGCCCACCAGCUCCCAGGCCUCCCAUGGCUCGAGCGUCAAGACCAAAGGUUGAGCAACAGCCUGCUCCUGCUCCGCUUGCUCCACCUGCUCCUCCGUUGAUUGUCAAGGAGCCACAAACUGCGGCGCCUGACAAAGAGCAGGAGGCAGUUGAAGUUGAACUUGCAGUGCCAGACGUGGGAGCUGAUGGAAGUCUCACAAUCUUGCUCAUUGUGUUGGUCGCCGCUGGUGCCGUAUCCUUUUCCGGCCGAGUGGAGAGGUCUUGAUAGAUGCGAGGAGGUAGUAGAUGCACCAAAGCAGUGCAAGUGUUGUGUGCUCAGAUAUUGAUUGCUUUGACAAAAAUGGUGUGGUUGGCGGAGGAAGCUUUGAUGGGUUGAUACAAGAUGUUUGAUAUGCCACGCAUGAGCUCC